CUGGUCACCUUUGUUUAACUCCCCCAAUUCCCUUGAAUUUUCUUCGUGCACCUUUCUGCUCUGUGAGUCUGUGGUCAGCAUAGGAGAAGGAAAAAGGUAGCAGUGGAAGAAGACAUGGAUGAGUUGGGUUCCUUGUGGAGUUGUCAAGAGGACAUGGAGGAGUUGAAGCAGAAGAUCCUGUGCACUAGCCUGGAGCUCGAGGCAGUGAAAAUGGAAGCGAGCGAAGAAAUGAAAAAGUACAAGGACAAUGUGAAGCACCUGCUCAAGCUCCUGAAGACUGCUUACCAAGAAAGAGAUGAAGCCAGAGACCAGCUUCAGAAGCUGAUUAACAAGCUCACCUCUCAAAGCAUCAAUGACAUAUCAUCCUCGUUCUCUCAACAAAAACACCCUGAUGGCUUCCUCGUGCCGGUGAAAGCGAACUCGGGCAUAACUGAAUCUAGCAGCCUCUCCGAUACCUACAACAAUCACCACUCGCAUGGCUCAUCCCCUGUGAGUUCGUUCCUGGAUGCGGUUUCUUCGCCCGACUUGUCGAGCAUUAACGCGGUAGAUUCUGGUAACAUGGGCUUCAUCAAUCAGCCUUAUGUUCAGGAAUAUAGCGGUGCUAUGACUAGCGGUUCGAUCUCCUUGGUGAAUGCUAAAUUCGAUCCAGCAUCUGUCAUUAUCGAUGACCUUGUCAAGGGAAAAGCCCUGCCUCAGAAGGGCAGGCUCUUGCAGGCCGUGAUGGAGGCUGGUCCUCUACUCCAGACUCUCCUCGUGGCGGGGCCACUGCCUCGGUGGCGGAACCCCCCUCCUCUCCAACCAUUCAAAAUCCCGCCAGUUACAAUGAAAAGUUAUGACCUGGCAAAUGCUUGUCUCAAACCUGGUGCGAGUCCUAGCAACUACCUGGUGAAAACUGUGAACCAAUCCCCACAUCCUGAUGUCUCUCGCCUGUCAUCACAUAUGUGCUCGGCCUCGGUGCUGAAGUUCGCCGGCGGGGCUGGCCUGUAUCAUCAGGGUCAUGGGUGGCUAUUGCCUUCGGUCGGCAGUGUCGGGAAUCAGAUUCCAGCGGGAAAGAGGCAGAGGUUCCAAUGACAGGAGGCUUUUCCUUCUUUUGUUAGGCAUAUACUGGUAUGAGGUGUAAAUGCAUAGCUUUGUUUUUUUGUCCCGGUGUGAAUGGCAUGUAGUUUCCUACUAGUUAGUGUGUGCAUAUGGAGGUGUCCUUUGUAUAUCAAGCUCUCAGGCAUCUGAUCUGGCUGACAGAUUUCUGAAUUUAGACCAGAAAGCUGCACCGAUUUCGUGGUCUUUUGCUUUACAUUGCCUGAACGAAUAUUUUUUGAGAUAGAACAGAUGAUGAUGAUUGGAUGUUGA